CCUUCCAUUGUAAUGUGUUGACAAGGCGAACAGUUUGAAGAAGACGUUAAUGGUGACAAAAAUUCCUUGUUUUUACCACCAAGAAACUUCUUCCUCGCCUAGAAAUAAUGUCAUCCAAUCGACAAGGGAGAAGACRAAACCUAGUAGAUAAGGACAAAGAUGAUGAUGGUUAUGAUAAUAUCUUUGAUGCUGGGAAAGUGAAGGUUUCAGAGAGAAGUCUGCACAGGACRGGUAUCAGAGGCAGAAAGAUAUGGCUGUUUUUAACAGUAUUGAUCAUACUCUUAAUAUUAUGUAUCRUCAACUUAGUGAUACUAGCUGUAAUUUAUGGAGUUAUUAGGAUUGAUAAAGAUGGUGUGGAGUCCCUAUCUUUUUUUGAAGAUGGAAUGAUACGCUGGACUAAACCCAGUGAUCUUGAGACUGUUACAGUUUACAAGAAUGAAAUUGGAGGCUUCAAAGAUAGAGAUCUUAACAUUGAAACUACCCAAAAUGAGAUUGUUUUGCAUGGUGGCCCAUCAACUCUGAGCUCACAAGUUCACAUUUCAGAUGGCAAUACCACUAUCAUUGGUAAAAAGGGCCUCAAGUUURUUGAUCCUUUUGUGGAGAAAGAGAUCGUUAGCUUUGAUGGAAGUAGUUCACAAUUUUUACAACAAUCUGUCCAUGGAAAUGACAUUGGCAUCAACACUGUUCUKUCCCAUAGGAUUGUUAGCAAUGAGUAUGAAAACCUCACAUUAAAUUCUGAUAAAGACAUUAAAAUAAGAGGAAAUGAAGGCAUUAAGAUGGAUGGAAAAUCUUUGAGCUUCAAUGCAGAAAAAGAUAUCACUAUCACCUCUACUGUGGGAAAAGGCAUCAUUUUUGAUUCACCAGAGAUCGCCCUCCACCUCAAGAGCAACAUUUCCCCAACAAUUGAUAAAUACAAGUUAUGUAUCUGUAAAGAUUCUUUCAAGGUGUUUGGAGUAAAACAGGCCUCAAAGACCUCUUCUUGUAAUACAGAAAAGAAGGUCUGCCCAUGAAGUCUAGAGUAAGGAAAAGGAAAUUGGUCUGAAGUUUCAAUGUGCCUGGAGAAAAUGUUCUUUAAAACAUUGAUGUGGAAGAUGGACGCAUGAAAAGCAAAACCAUAUGUGCGUGAAUGGCGUCCUGAUCCAUCUCGGAUUUAAAUGAAUAUAAGAUUAACUAUGCAUAGUAUGCAUAGCCUGCGUAGCGGUGCUCUAGAGAAUUGAGGAGGGGGGAGAAGGGGAAGGAGAGAGCUAUAGUGCCACAGUCAGGCUAUAGUAUGCAUACAUAUUUUUGUGCUGGUUGGUAAUAGUACGUAGUAAGAAAAACUACAAGAAAAGUGACAUACAGAUCAUCAUAACUAGAAAUUAUUUUCUUGUUGUUUGCCUCCCAAUUUUCCCGUCUCCUUUGCUUUAAUGUAAUGUUUGACAUAAUACACCUAUUUUAAAACACUCCUCCAACUUGAGGUUGUUAGUUCAAUGUCUCUUCCCACAGCGAUCUCUUUCCUGGAUUGCUGUGACUUUUAAUAUGCCUACAUUGUUAGUUCUCAGUAGAAUUCUUWUGCAUGCCCUUUAUCAAUGUAUAAAAGGGAUCCAAGUUUCUGAUAAUAACUGCAAAGAUAAAUAUUUUUUACUUAAACAGCGUUUCAUGUAUGUUUUUUUUACAUUUCAUAGAAUUAUACAAUUUGAGUCAAAUUUUUUUUAAAUUUUCCUAAUAUUUUUAGCCCUGAAGAAUAAUUACAGAACUUAAAUUUAAAAUAAUGAAAUUAGAAAGCAAUUAAAAGUUUCUUUACAAGGUAUACUAAAUUAAUUAAAUUGGAUCAAAAUCAUUWAUUAAUCGAUUAAAUAAUUAAUGUUAGAUUAAUCAAAAAUAAUUAAUUAAUAAUUUAAAAUAUGGCGUUUUUAAUUGCUGUAUAUAUAACAAAGUUCGUUUGUAGUCUUGCAUUAGAUUCAGAACUGUAAUUUCUUGGUGUAAUAAUACCAUUUUAUAAUUUUUGUAAAAUAAAUAAAAGUUUGUACAGUAAUUUCUUUA